AUGGGGAUUGCCACACCGGCCAUGAGGAUUGCCACACCGGCCAUGGGGAUUGCCACACCGGCCAUGAGGAUUGCCACACCGGCCAUGGGGAUUGCCACACCGGCCAUGAGGAUUGCCACACCGGCCAUGGGGAUUGCCACACCGGCCAUGAGGAUUGCCACACCGGCCAUGGGGAUUGCCACACCGGCCAUGAGGAUUGCCACACCGGCCAUGGGGAUUGCCACACCGGCCAUGAGGAUUGCCACACCGGCCAUGGGGAUUGCCACACCGGCCAUGAGGAUUGCCACACCGGCCAUGGGGAUUGCCACACCGGCCAUGAGGAUUGCCACACCGGCCAUGGGGAUUGCCACACCGGCCAUGAGGAUUGCCACACCGGCCAUGGGGAUUGCCACACCGGCCAUGAGGAUUGCCACACCGGCCAUGGGGAUUGCCACACCGGCCAUGAGGAUUGCCACACCGGCCAUGGGGAUUGCCACACCGGCCAUGAGGAUUGCCACACCGGCCAUGGGGAUUGCCACACCGGCCAUGAGGAUUGCCACACCGGCCAUGGGGAUUGCCACACCGGCCAUGAGGAUUGCCACACCGGCCAUGGGGAUUGCCACACCGGCCAUGAGGAUUGCCACACCGGCCAUGGGGAUUGCCACACCGGCCAUGAGGAUUGCCACACCGGCCAUGGGGAUUGCCACACCGGCCAUGAGGAUUGCCACACCGGCCAUGGGGAUUGCCACACCGGCCAUGAGGAUUGCCACACCGGCCAUGGGGAUUGCCACACCGGCCAUGAGGAUUGCCACACCGGCCAUGGGGAUUGCCACACCGGCCAUGAGGAUUGCCACACCGGCCAUGGGGAUUGCCACACCGGCCAUGAGGAUUGCCACACCGGCCAUGGGGAUUGCCACACCGGCCAUGAGGAUUGCCACACCGGCCAUGGGGAUUGCCACACCGGCCAUGAGGAUUGCCACACCGGCCAUGGGGAUUGCCACACCGGCCAUGAGGAUUGCCACACCGGCCAUGGGGAUUGCCACACCGGCCAUGAGGAUUGCCACACCGGCCAUGGGGAUUGCCACACCGGCCAUGAGGAUUGCCACACCGGCCAUGGGGAUUGCCACACCGGCCAUGAGGAUUGCCACACCGGCCAUGGGGAUUGCCACACCGGCCAUGAGGAUUGCCACACCGGCCAUGGGGAUUGCCACACCGGCCAUGAGGAUUGCCACACCGGCCAUGGGGAUUGCCACACCGGCCAUGAGGAUUGCCACACCGGCCAUGGGGAUUGCCACACCGGCCAUGAGGAUUGCCACACCGGCCAUGGGGAUUGCCACACCGGCCAUGAGGAUUGCCACACCGGCCAUGGGGAUUGCCACACCGGCCAUGAGGAUUGCCACACCGGCCAUGGGGAUUGCCACACCGGCCAUGAGGAUUGCCACACCGGCCAUGGGGAUUGCCACACCGGCCAUGAGGAUUGCCACACCGGCCAUGGGGAUUGCCACACCGGCCAUGAGGAUUGCCACACCGGCCAUGGGGAUUGCCACACCGGCCAUGAGGAUUGCCACACCGGCCAUGGGGAUUGCCACACCGGCCAUGAGGAUUGCCACACCGGCCAUGGGGAUUGCCACACCGGCCAUGAGGAUUGCCACACCGGCCAUGGGGAUUGCCACACCGGCCAUGAGGAUUGCCACACCGGCCAUGGGGAUUGCCACACCGGCCAUGAGGAUUGCCACACCGGCCAUGGGGAUUGCCACACCGGCCAUGAGGAUUGCCACACCGGCCAUGGGGAUUGCCACACCGGCCAUGAGGAUUGCCACACCGGCCAUGGGGAUUGCCACACCGGCCAUGAGGAUUGCCACACCGGCCAUGGGGAUUGCCACACCGGCCAUGAGGAUUGCCACACCGGCCAUGGGGAUUGCCACACCGGCCACUGGGAUUGCCACACCGGCCAUGGAGAUUGCCACACUGGACGUGGGGAUUGCCACACUGGACGCGGGGGUUGCCACACUGGACGUGGGGAUUGCCACACCAGAAUGA